GUGAGAUUUUCAUUCAAUUCAGACUGAGGCUUUAGUUCCAGGCUGAGGUCAAUUUUUCAUUUAAUUCAAGUGCAUGUUAUUUCUGUAAAUUUUCCGUCUUAAAAGUUUGUAAGCGUUGUAAGCGUAACCAAAGCAACAAAAGUAUUACCUGUAACUUCAGGGAUACUCGUGAGAAUGUUCAAAAUCAAUGCCCAUUUGGCCAAGAAAAAAUAGUACCAAGAAAUUGGAUUUUUUCUACUGGGCGAACAAAUGGUGCACUAAAAGUGAAAAAUGAAUAGUUUACUGCUAAAAAUCGCAUCGGUUGCAGUAGUUUUCGAUUUUAUCGAAGCCAUUCCCGUCCCAAUUCGUUCUUUUGGCGAGAGAAACGUUGCUCUACUCAGUGUGCUGUCAUGUAUCGGCAUAGGCGCUGCCAUUGGAAUGUGUGUUUUUUGUAAAAAGAAAAAAGGACAAUUUAAGAAGUUUGAGAAUGAUGGUAACGUCGAUUCAAAAAGUACGGAAUAUCCCAUUCUCAAGUCGCUGAACUCGCUGGACACGAAGAAAACCGGAGCAAUCAUACCGAGUAGUCCAACAAACUUGUCUACAGAUAAUCUGCUGGAGCAGUCGGUUCAGUACCAGAAUGAGUCUUAUAACGAUGAUUUCAACUCUAACGUUCUGUUGUCGAGUAAGGAGUCGUUAAGUUCUGCAUCGCCGAUUCCGGCCAGAACAAGUUACUCGCUGGAGCAGGAAACAACUUCGUCGAAGCAUUCGACCGACUUUGGUGAUGAGAAACCGCUGAUUGGGGAAAGCUCUGUUGAUGCCGGAAUUGAUGCAAAGAAGGAAGGUGACUCGAGCCAGUUGGAUGCCGCUGUGCAGUCAUUGACACACCUCGAAGAUGUGACCAUAAGCCUCAGUGGAAGGUUGACUUUCCCGAGGGAGGAAACCACAACCGCAUCGGCCCAGGAAUAUGGUGCCCCAGAGGAUGUAACUCCCAUGGACAGUCUUGAGGACAAUUCGUCCAUUCACGAGACAAACAGUAUUGAAGAAGCGCUGCGAGCACUGGACAUUGCGAUUGACGGGGAGGACGAAAGUGAUGAUAACAGUUUUGACGAACCAAGCUUUGCUGGUUAUUCGAUCGAUAUGGACAAAAGAGUGUCAAGAGAUGAGCCCGAGGACAUUGAUGAUGAUAUUUGUAACGAGAAAAACUCAUCUUCCGACAGUGGCAUGGAUGAAAUCGAGAUGAGCGAAAAGGCUACCACGCCGGAUACCAUUCUUCAUGAAUUGGUUCGUCAAGAAGCAACCAAGCUGGUGAACGAAGUGCUACAAGUAUGCCAAAGUCGAAUUGAGGAGAUCCUCGAAUGUGAUGAAUCGGAACAAACGAACCAAGCGGUAUCCGUGGAAGAAGAUUUCGAUGAUUUCAAUAGUGGUGUUGUGCUGGAAUGCAGCACCCCGUUCGUCGCAAAAAGGUUCGACGAUAUCCUGGAACACUUACCCGGCGUGAAGAAUGCUUUGUUCUGUGAUGAUAAAAAUGAUAACAAUGACACAGCGAGUGAGAAUCUAGCAGAAGCAUUGCUGGACAACUCGGAAGACGACGACAACUGUACGCAGGUUGAAACUGGACUCGCUUCAAAGGAACCAAACGUUACCUACCAAACUAAUAUUAAUGAUGAAAUUGAUGAUCUUGAACAAAUUUACCCAGCGAACAACAAUACCGUAACUUUAUUACCCGUAAAUACAACACACACUAUUGGAUCCGAUAGUUCCGAGAAGGGACAGAACGUCGGUCAUCUACCGGAGAUCACUGUCGAGGAAGCCACUGAUGACGCCAUGCCGGAUAAACUGACGGCCACGCCGAUGAACACGCCAAUCGAGCUGGGAUGCCCAACAACGGCCGAAUGGGAUCGAUGGCUGUCGGCGAAUGCGACCGGAGGAGGAGAAGCACCGGAGUGCACCGAUGGCGAUUGCUUCAACAGUCAGACCUUCGACGAAGGAUGGUUUCUGCACGCGCAGCCCGGCUGUAGUAAGGACAAUGACUGCAACGAAACGUACGAUUUGCUCGACCAAAAUGACGAUCUAGACUCGACGUAUGAUUUGCUGAGGAAACAACUUGCGGAAAUGCUACCGCAUGCACAGGGUGCCAAAGAAACGGCUGGAUGUUUGGAAGACAGUGGUAGUCCGGACCACAGGGGGGAGAGAGGAUUGGACGAAGCUAGCAAUGUGCCGUCGACGUCGGCGGCGAAGGACAACGAGAUGAUCAUCAACUACAAGCGAACUCUGUCGCCGAUUAUGGAGGAAAGCGAGGAUGAAUCAUUUUAUAACAAAACUUCGUACUACAAGGAAGCGUCCAACUAUGUCGAGAGUACCAGUACCGGCUGCAUGGAAUCUCUUACAGCGAUGGGUGUGAAUAAAACCCUGAUGGCGUCCAACGAUACUUUGUUCAACUUUGAAGAUGUUUUGGAUGAGAUUUUGUCACCGCGCAUUCCCUCGCAGUCUCACACGCCAACCAACCGUGAUCGGGACAUCACCGAUCAGCGCUUACGAUCUCCCCGCCAUGUGACGCUCACCGAAUCUACUAGCACAAACGAGUUGCUUCCGCAGCUAGCACGCGAUUCGUCGCUGAGCUCAACGGGAGACACGGCAAGGAUUGAUUUCUCCCAAGACUCAACAUUCACUCUGGACGAAAAAACGUGCAUUUCAUUGAGCAGACCAAACGAAGAAGAUGAACGCAUUUCGGAAAUUUCUGAACCAAUUCUUGUCUCAUCCUCGUCCGGGUUAAACAAACCAGAUGACGCCAACAGUCUCAUGGAUGAGGAAAUCGCUUCGAUUGAGGAUGAUUCGUUCGAUAGAAUUCUGGAAAAGGAAAAACCGCUAGAAAAUGAACAGUAUAACCAUUUUUUAGAUUUACGUAACACUGUGGAACCAAUGCUAGAGUUGGAUCCACCCGAACCAGAUGAAAAUUUUGAUCCUGCUUUGAUGUUGAACAGUGCUGGCCAAGAAACUGUCUAUCUACAGAACAAGAUAAAUUUAGAAAGCAUGUACACUAACCGGAACCUAGAUGAACAAGUUGUCAUCGAGUCCAUUGAUCGGUUUUUGCUUAAAUCCAGAAACAUUAGUUUACCCGAUGACAAAAGUACAAAUGGCCAUUUAAGUAGCUCUAAGAUAUCCAGUAGAUCUGAUGGUAAAAACAUUUGUAUAGACUAUGAUAAUCUGAACUAAAAAAACACACAUUAACAGUGUUGUAGAAAAUAGAGAGCAACAAGGAAUGAAUCUAAAUAAAGCUGUUAGAUAUUUAUUAUUGAAUGAUA